UAAAACCCUAAAAUAACAAAAACCUCCACACACACACACACACACACACACACACACAGACAGAAUGACAUUCUUUGAUCUAAACAUUCCAUACACAGACUCUCCAUCACACAAAACCACACGUCUCAAACAAACAAUCAAACUCCUCGAACUCGGCUACACCGGCGUGGCAUACACGCGCAGUAUCACCGGCGUGAUGUCAGAAUCACACCGUUGUUCAAUCUCCUUAUUCCCACUUUCAUCUAUUCUCAAACUCUCUCCCUCUAUUUCAACCUCCGUUAACCUCCACCGUCAGUUACUGAAUAUUCCGUUAAAUACUCCGUUCCGUCAAUACACACGUGUCACGGUUGUCGUUGAUUCCGUUGCGCAAGGCGCCGCGCUUAAUUCGGGCAACCCUGUUAUUAAAAGUUAUGAUCUUGUUGCUGUUUUGCCUUUGAAACAAGAUGUUUUUGAUCAAGCUUGUAAAAAUUAUGAGGUUGAUAUAAUUGCUAUAGAUUUUUCGGAGACUCGGUUCCGGCUGAAGCAACCAUUAAUUAAGGCUGCAAUUGAGAGAGGAGUGUAUUUUGAAAUUACAUAUUCCGGUCUUAUUAUGGAUACUCAGUUGAGAAGGCAGAUGAUAUCGAAUACUAAGUUGUUAGUGGAUUGGACAAGAGGAAAGAAUGUUAUCUUUUCAAGUGCCGCACCUUCUGUAACCGAACUUAGAGGACCAUAUGAUGUUGCUAAUUUGGCAUGCCUACUUGGGUUUUCCAUGGAACGUGCCAAGGCAUCUGUUUCAAAAGCAUGUAGAUCUCUACUAGAAAGCUCUUUACGGAAGAAGAAAUUCAUCAAAGAGGCUAUUAGGAUUGAAUUAUUAUCACAAGCUGAGCAGACCGACGGUUUUGAUGACUGGCUCAAGUGGGACCCCAUCUCCAGUGGUGAAGGUGAUUUGCAAUUAGAUGACAUGGCAAAGUCGUUUGCAGCUUCAAAUAGAGAGUCAAAAAAGGUGAAAGCUAUUGACUUCGUUACAAUUAUGGAUGGAUUGCCAUCACAUGGAUUGCAAUUCAAAGACAUGGUGUAUGAUUCAAAUUUAGAUUCUAAGAUACAUGAUCAACCUAAGAAUGAUCAUACUUCAGUCAUGGAUACUCUGGGCGAGGAUCAUCUGUUAAAUAUUGUUAACUCUAAACCCUCGUUAGCAAAUGAAAAAUUUGAAGUUAUAGAUAGUGUUAAAGUGGGUGAAAGUUGUGAUAUGGUUAUAGAAGAAGAACCCAAGAUACCAACCGACUUGAAUGCAUGUGUUUCUUGCCCUGAAGCUGAGCAGCAAAAUCUUCAAGCAGAAGUUCAUGAGGCAUGCAAAGGAGAAGCCAACAAUGAGGAUGGAGAUGCAAAUGUAUAUGUCAGUGAUGAGAAAGGAACUGAAAGUAUCUUUAGUGGUCUUUCAACUGCAGGAAUUGUGAAUUCAGUUGAUGAUAAUCCUUCUACGCUCCAAUGUGAAGAAGCCAACGAUUUUUCAUCAGGUGCUCCUAUAUGUUCACCAAUGAUUGCAUCAAACAAAGCAGAGGUUCUGGAAAGAGAAAACAUAAGGGAUACAGGAGAUGAUAUUGGUGUUACAGGAGAAAGCUCAUCCUUGCCCUUAUCUGGUGUAUCUUUGAGUGAAUCUGUUCCAAGCGAACAUUUAAGUGUAAUGGGUGAAGAUGUUUCCAUUUUGCCUUCCUGUACAAUGGCCACUUUGGGAUCUGAUGAUGAGUUGCAAAUCAAUGGUGCUAAUUCAGCUGUUCAGGAGCCAGUGGAAGAUGUGUCAAUGGAAGUCCAAGUAGAGCUAAAAGAUGAUGGCCAAAUGAAUCAUCUGUGCACAGAGAAGUCUUCAUCAGAGAGGGUUGGAAGGAAGCAAGGAAGUUCACGUGGAACAGUAUCAUUUCCUUUUAAGCGCUUGUUGAAACCAUCACAUUUCAAGAAUGUUAGAAAGCACAAAACGAAAGGCACAAUUUUAAGCUUAAGCGACCUUACUGGGUGAUCCACUGAGAUCUGAUUCUUAAUUUCUGAUCAAAAAACGCUUGACAAAACCCUCUCCUGGUAAAUUAAUGGGUGGCUUUCAGGCCUCAAUGGAGGACCGUCUCAUAUUAUUACAUUCAUUCACAAUUCUUUGAUUAUUUAAUCAUCUUAUUGUGUCAUUUUGUAUUAGACUGUAGCAGACACUGUUAAAAUUAAUUAAUUACAUUAAUUAUUUUAAA